GCGACCAAUGGCAACCUCAGCUCCCGAGAAACCUAAUUAAUUCAGUCAACAAAUGAUCGCGACAGGAAUAACAAAUAAAGAAAAGUGCAAAUAUUUUACACAUUGCUUUUCACUUAUUAAAAUUAAUAUUAAUUCGAUAAACACGUCAAUGUUGAUCAAUUUCUGAGGAAGGAAGUUUGACAUUUUGAGAAUAUCCGUGGAUAACAAUUCAACUCGGGUGAAAUGGAAUCUCCUCCGUCGACGAUAAACGCGCAGGACAUGGCACUACAAAAUCCUCUCAUUUUGACAAAAAUAUUGCAAAAUAACUCUGUCUCAUUGACAAGUUGUCGACUGGUUUCUCAAUUUUGGAACGAAGUGGUUCUCUCCCUUCCAAAUACAAGACUUUCUUUGAAGCUGAACCAUAACGACGAAGACUGUGAUGAAGCACUCCAAUUUUUCGGACUAUGUUUCUCAUUAGAUAAGCGACUUGCGCAACGGGUUAGCGCUGAAAGUGGCACCUUUUCCAUUGACUGGAGGCUGAUGCACAUUUGCGGCAAAUUUGGCGACUGGGUACAAAUCUUGGAGAUUUACUUGUCGGAGGAAGAUUGCCUCAAAUCUACCUGUCAAGUUUUGAAAUACUGCUGCCCCAAUUUGAAACAAUUGCGAAUUGAUUGCGACUUUGUGGAUGCAAGGAAUGUGGAUCUUUUUCCACCAGAUGAGGAACAAAUUCUGCCAGUAAAACCAAAUUUGACCUUGUUCACUCUCACUUGCUUGGAUUUCGACCCGGAAAUCUGGUUUGUCCCGGCUAUCGCCAUUUUGAUUCAACUGGUGGUCAAGGCCUCGCCAAAUUUAAGAGAGGUCACCAUUCCAUGGGGAUUUUACCCAAAUUUGGCAAAUUCCAAGUGUCUCGAAUCCUUAACCAUUUAAAGAGGACAAGUAAAAGUCAAGAUGUCCAUAAUUCGUGUCACCAGGCGACAGUAGAGUUACCUUAAUUCGUGAGGGAGCUUUAUUUCUAAAGGAUCAUUAUUCGUAA